AUGGCCAUGUCCACCAGCGAGCUGUGGUCGGAGCUUGACAGCCAUGUCAGCACCUGGGCCACCCUGCUGCCGAAGCUGGUGCUCGACCCGCUGACCGGCGAGUACAACGACCCGGACUUCGACGUGCACUACUUCCACUCCAUCACCCGGGAUAAGGUCAUCUUCGCGCUGGUGACAUGCGCCUCGAUCUUCUUCAAUGGCCUGGUCCUGGCUUACAUGUGGUACCACCGGUCGUACCUGCCCUUCAAGGCCAAGCAGCUGGACAUGGUGACGUGGAUGCUGGUCGAUGACGGCCUCCUGCGCAUCGGUGUCCACUGA